AAUUUGAAGCUUUUAGAGCCUGAAGAAAAGGCCCUAUACCGCUAUAUAGACCGCCUUAACUAUAUUAACCUUACGGUUCGACCUGAGUUUAUUACUAACGCUAUAAACGCGAUUCUCGAGGCGCGUUACGACGCUAAAGAAGGCUGCCCUGCCCCUACUAUUAGUCGAUAA